UCAAAGAUUACGAGGUGUGCAAGCUGUUCGGAAGAUGCGGUGCUACGAUUAGCUUUUUGGAGAAGAUUGCAAACCGAUGGAUCAUCUGUUUCGAUAGUCCUACCAUGAUUCCGCUGUACGGGAACAUAUGUUCAUGGCGUACCAGUAUAUGUUGGAAAUAGGCCCCUUGACGCAGGAAACGCUGCCCAUCAACGACAAACUGAAGCUACGCGAUCCUGAUGGUCAUAAACCUCCGACAGAGGAUCGAAGAAAAAGCAGAGAUUUGGAAGAAGCUAAGGAAAAACCAAGCGUUUCAUUGUAUGGACACAAAACCAACGAUAUCGAGAAUAUACUCAAACAAGCUCUACAAAAUUUGAACAAGGAAACCAGUCGUCAGCUCCCAACGCAAUCGGUUCCACCGUCGAGGCCCUCCCCGGCAUUGAAGCCGGCGCUUCAACAUGUGGAGAAACCCACGUACAAAGAUACCGGAUAUCAGCUGCCAUCAUCAAAACAGUCUUCACCAAUGAAGCAGGCUUUCACAAAUGCGGAGAAACCUUGGGUGCCGGAGCCGAAACCGGUUCCCAAACCAGUCGAGAAACCUACGAAUUUUGGCACUAGCUAUCACUUGCUGCCAUCAGAAACGGCUUCUCUGCACGAGGGCUCUUCAACGAGCAGGGUUACCAGCCAUAAAGUGUCCUAUCCCGAGGCUGCUAAGCGGUCGACGCCCACUGUAGCAAGUUCCCCGCAACCUCGAGCCGAGCAAAAGAUUGGAACGUUUUCCAAAGCCAGCAGUAGUGUUGCGAAGGUUACACCGAUGCAGAAAACUUCUGAGGAACCAGCCGAUGGCAACAGUAGAAGAACUAAAGCCAAAUCUUCGACGUCCUGGCUGGCGGUUAGGAAUAAAGAAUUGAUGCAGAGAAGCGUUACGAUGUCCAAUCUACCGAAAGGCAUAAGCGAAUACGACAUUCGAGAGCUGUUCAGCGAGCACGAGCUGAAAAUCGUUACGAUGUAUUGCUGCAAUGAUCCCUACUAUCCGACAUCAACGGCGGUCUUGAAUUUCGCCACGAAGCUCGCAAUGAAAAGUGUCCUAGGUCACCACCACGAUGAGUACAGAGGGAAACGGGUGUACAUCAAAAUGACCUUGCAGCCCUGGGCCGAUAGAGAUUUUCCGCCGAAAAACACUCUUAUGCUGAAGAAUCUAAAUGAAGCCAUCAACGAGGAGGGCAUUCUCCAGGAAGUGGAGAAAAUUCUUGGCCCGGGCACGGUAGAAGACGUCCUCAAGCCCACGCACCACUACGCGUAUUUCGAUCUCACUGGGGACCAGGUGGCGCACAAAGUUAUGCACCGGCUUCGAAAAGCACUGAUUAACUUCAAGAUCGACGUGUUUCCUUUGUACUACGGCAUUCCGAAGCGGUGUUUGGGUGUAGCUUCCCACAUGCGGAAAUCGCUAGGCGACUUGCGCGAACGACACGGACUUCGGGUGAGCAAUCCCAAGGAUCGGGAGAUGUUUGGAGACCAGUUCGGUGAACAUAACGCUCACAGAUUGUUCGUCGGAAAUAUUCCGCGUAUAACCCUGGCCGAGGAUGUUAUCGCCUACUUCAACAACUAUGGCACCGUGAUCGAUUACUCGCAGAUCGAAAAGAAGAGCUGUAACCUGCGUAAAUCGGCCAUCGUUAGCUUUGUGGAUAAAAAACACGCGCGGAAUGCGUACUGCCAGCAGCCUCACUUUUUGGAGGGCAGUCGGCUGAGUGUGCACCUGAUGGAGAGCCCACCGAUGGUUGUCACACCAGAGGAUUGCAAACUACUCUCCGUGAAGGUUCGCAGCCGAUUUUUGACAGACGAUGAAAUCUACGCUGAGCUGCAAAAAUCGUUGAGCGUUUCCUACGCUAUGCGGUUCGAUGCGUUUGAUGACCGGGCGAACUUCCUGAUGUUCUACAGAGCACGAAAGUGUGAAGACUCUCACUUAUGGACGGUGCAUCACAUUAAUGACGAACCGGUUAAGAUUAUCUCCGGACGGGAGGUAGAUCCAGUGACGGAGGACAUCGAUCUGGAUAAGUCCAAUACUUCCCCAUUCCGACGGCAGAAGGAUUCGUUUCUGGGCUAUGCGGUCUACACCGAACAGCUUAAAGAGGAGAUGAAAAUGCAUACCAAGCCGAUCGAGGAGCAACAUGUUCCCUACAAGGCGUUCUACAAUGAUCAAUCGGUGCAAAUCAACAAUGUUUCCGUGAACACGUCGCUGGUAGACUUUCAGGAUCUUUUCAUUAAAUUUGGCGACAUUGACUACUACCGAGAGCUGUACCUGGAAGAGGACAUCAGUAAGAUUUGCUUCAUCAAGUUCAAAAUCGAUCUGUCCGCCGAUUUGGCGUGCACCUACAACCAGCGGAUGCUCAACGGUAAACGGAUCUUGAUUCACCGGGCCAAGGAAACGCUGGUGGCAGAAGAUGACCAUUCGGUGACGGUGGAGAAUCUCAACCCCGCGACAACGGUCGAGCAAAUCUACGACGUCUUCUCCAAUGUCGGAACGGUAAAGUACGUGCAAAAGCAGUCGCCGAACAGUGCAAUCGUGUGCAUGAAGGACAAGGACUGCCUUAGCGAAGCGUACAACGUGACUUCCAUUCCGCAUUCGAAACACAUGGUCGUCAACUUGAGCAAUGACUACCAGAGUGGUUUCUACAAAAACUUUUCCUCUAAAGAGCGAGCCUUCUCGAUCGAUCAGAUUCAAUCUAUUCUGAAACCUCGUAUUUUGCCGGAAUUCCAUCAGCUGGAAAUAGAACGCCGCAACGAAGACGUCCAAGAUGAAGACAGUUCUGCAGAGAACGAACCGCAAGGCAACCCCGAAGAGAUACCAGUAGAAGAUGAGGAAGACCUUCCUCCGGCGUCCAAGCGAACGCGAAUCGAUGACCAUUCACAAGUUGAAAAUCCAGCGAAGGAAUGCCCACAGACGUCGGAGUUCAACCCUGGCGAAUCGGAAUCGGAACCGCUGCAGAAAAUAGAAUCCAUCGUUACCACCGUGAGUCCCAUCGAAGUGGUACACGCUGUGCAUCCUAUGCCCAGGCCUCGGUUUGGCUUUCCUGGCAGUGACGAGCCUCGCAUGGGAUAUGGCCCUAGAUAUCCCAAUAUGUAUCCUCAACAGCAACCGGGAUGGCAGAGGCAACAGCAGAUCGCUGCCAUGGCCUACAAUGCUGGACCUUCUCAUCCAGGGCCUCGUGGGCCGCCUAGACCGAUGGGUUCCAUAGGCCUCCUUAUUAUAACUAAGGCUGGGUGGGCAA